AUGUACGCCAAGACUUUCGUCACUCUCCUGCUCUCCGUUCUCGCCGCCCAAGCCUUGCCAGCCAAGGGCGAUAGCAUAUACGAUGAAGCUCGGUCACAAGUCACCGCGGAAGCCACGAACACUGUCGCUGCUGUGGAGCUGAGCUCCUUCCUGAGUGCGAACCCAACCGCAGGACCCGCUCUCGCAAGUGCAGAAGCCUCCCUCAUCUUGAGCGGGGUCCGCCGGGUGCUCAGCCAGGCGCCGUCCGCGAGCCAGAGCCAGUUCAUCGCCUAUAUCACGACCAUCGCGGGCGUACCCAUCGUCGAGGUUUCCUCCAUCGGCGGGCCCGUUAUUACCCACGCCACGUCCAUCGCCGGAGCGAUCCCAACGCAGUUUGCUGGUCAAACAUUCUACGUAGCCCCGGAGAGGAAGAACGGUGCAUCCAAACUCGUGGUCUCGAAGCCUCUGCUGAUGGGCAUGGGCGGGGCCCUUGGUGCAGUUGCUGCUGGGGCCAUGAUGCUCCUCUAG